GUUGGUCGCCCAAAGCGCAAUCGAGCUCUCCGGAUUGGUCGACGUACCCCCGGUCUCCGUUCAAGGCCCGCCUCCUGCCUCAUUCCACUUCGGAAGAUAGACCAUGGCCCUGAGAGCAUGUGGCUUGAUCAUCUUCCGAAGAUGUCUCAUUCCCAAGAUGGACAACACUGCAGUUGAGUUUCUACUGCUGCAGGCAUCAGAUGGCAUUCAUCACUGGACUCCUCCCAAAGGCCAUGUGGAACCAGGAGAAAGUGACUUGGAAACAGCCCUUCGGGAGGCUCAGGAGGAAGCAGGCAUAGAAGCAGGCCAGCUGACCAUCAUUGAGGGAUUCAGAAGGGAGCUCAAUUAUGUGGCCAGGGAGAAGCCUAAAACCGUCAUCUACUGGCUGGCGGAGGUAAAGGACUACGACGUGGAGGUCCGCCUCUCCCACGAGCACCAGGCCUAUCGCUGGCUGGGGCUGCGUGAGGCCUGCCAGUUGGCUCAGUUCAAGGAGAUGAAGGCGGUGCUCCAGGAAGGACACCAGUUUCUCUGCUCCACAGUGGUCUGAACUCACCAGAUCAGGGUCUUUUGCCUCCGUAGGAUCCUUGAGGGCUUCUGAGGUGAACUACCUUUGCUUCCAGGGAAGCCUGUGCUGGUCUUUGGCUCAUUAUAGCAGAUUGCAGACAGGCUGGUAAAAUCAGCUGAGGACCUCAGAGAAGAGCAAGCAAAAAUCUCAGCUGGGUGGAAAGGAAGGGAAAGGAGUUUAAAAAAAAAAAAAAAAAAAAAGGCCAAGCCCAGUGAGUGCAUCCUUAUACUUUAUGAAUAAACCUCAA